CGGAGCUCCUAGUUAAGGGCGAACGGCUGGGCGCCAAGUUCGGGUUAGCGAAGCGCUGAGAGUCACGUGGCGGGGCGCGAGUCGGCGGGGCCUGGCUCUUGUGGGACCCCAGACGGUGUAAGACCGACGUGUUGCCAGUACGUCUGAGGCUGCGUUCUAGUAGGCAGCUUUGAACUAGUGUGAUGACAACUCCAGUCAACGGAACCCACAAGGAUGCUGCCCUGUGGUCCUCCCAUGAAGCUAUGCUGGCACAACCCCUCAAGGACAGUGACAUCGAGGUGUACAACAUCAUUAAGAAGGAGAGUAACCGGCAGCGAGUGGGAUUGGAACUGAUUGCCUCAGAGAAUUUUGCUAGCCGGGCAGUUCUGGAGGCCCUGGGCUCCUGCUUAAAUAACAAAUACUCGGAGGGGUACCCAGGCCAGAGAUACUAUGGUGGAACUGAAUUUAUUGAUGAACUGGAGAUACUGUGUCAGAAGCGAGCGCUGCAAGCCUAUCGUCUGGACCCACAAUGCUGGGGGGUCAACGUCCAGCCCUAUUCAGGCUCCCCUGCAAACUUCGCAGUGUACACUGCCCUGGUGGAGCCUCAUGGGCGCAUCAUGGGCCUGGAUCUGCCUGAUGGGGGCCAUCUAACCCACGGAUUCAUGACAGACAAGAAGAAAAUCUCUGCUACAUCCAUCUUCUUUGAAUCUAUGCCCUAUAAGGUGCAUCCAGACACUGGCUACAUCAACUAUGACCAGCUGGAGGAGAACGCCCGCCUAUUCCACCCAAAGCUGAUCAUCGCUGGAACCAGCUGCUACUCUCGAAACCUGGACUAUGCACGUUUGCGGAAGAUUGCAGAUGAGAACGGAGCAUAUCUCAUGGCAGACAUGGCGCACAUCAGUGGGCUGGUGGCAGCUGGUGUGGUGCCCUCCCCUUUUGAGCACUGCCAUGUGGUGACCACCACAACCCACAAGACUCUGAGAGGCUGCCGUGCUGGCAUGAUCUUCUACAGGAAAGGAGUGCGCAGCGUGGACCCCAAGACUGGUAAAGAGACUCUGUACAACCUGGAGUCACUCAUCAAUUCUGCUGUGUUCCCAGGCCUCCAGGGAGGUCCCCACAACCAUGCCAUUGCUGGAAUUGCUGUGGCCCUGAAGCAAGCCAUGACUCCACAAUUCAAAAUCUAUCAGCUCCAGGUGGUGGCUAACUGCAGAGCUCUGUCUGAGGCCCUUAUGGAGCUGGGUUAUAAAAUUGUCACAGGUGGCUCGGACAACCAUUUGAUCCUUGUGGAUCUAAGUUCCAAGGGCACAGAUGGUGGGAGGGCCGAAAAGGUGCUAGAAGCCUGUUCUAUUGCCUGCAAUAAGAAUACAUGCCCAGGUGACAAAAGCGCACUGAGGCCCAGUGGUCUGCGACUGGGGACCCCAGCACUGACGAGCCGGGGACUUUUGGAAGACGACUUCCGAAAAGUAGCACGCUUUAUCCACAGAGGUAUAGAACUGACUCUACAGAUUCAGAACGACGUGGGCUCAAAGGCCACACUAAAGGAAUUCAAGGAGAAGCUGGCAGGGGAUGAGAAGCACCAGAGGGCUGUGCAGGCUCUCCGGGAAGAAGUAGAGAGCUUCGCUUCUCUCUUCCCAUUGCCUGGCCUACCUGACUUCUGAAGGAGCCAGCCUGCUCUGCAUCUGCCUUGGUGCCAUAUACACUGACUGCCCAGGGAUACCUUCUAAGGAGCCAGUACCCUCUUGAGACAACAGAGCUGCCACACACGGGCCACUAAGCUGCCCUGUCCCUUUUGAGGGGCAAGUUUUAUAGGCUAUUCUGCUUUCACAAAUCAAAAUUUAUCUAAGUUCCACUGUUAGUAAUUCUGGGGCAGGUUAUUAAGGAAUUCAAAUUUGAAUCUAACUUUCUCAACAGCUAUAUAUAAUUAUCUUGGAAAAAUAAAAUACUGUGUAGCCAA